GGCCGUGCGUGGACCGUCGGAUCGUUCCCAGCUGGCACGGGCAGGGAUCCAACGGGUCGGGGCAAACGAAAGGAAAGCAAACCCUGCAAUGGCUGGUCAGUACAUCAAGAGUUCUUCUAGGGAUGAGAAUGCCAGAAUUGAGUAUCCCACAUCAUGUAUGAAAGGACCUCGCGAUGAAAUGCAAGAUUAUUACACAGCUAUCCUAGAUCUAGAUGGUUCCGAUUCCACAUCAUUCUUUGGUGUUUUUGAUGGCCAUGGAGGACAUAGGGUGGAAUUGUAUUGUUCGAGGAAAUUUCAUACUGAGCUUGUCAACGAUCCAGACUAUCAAAACAACCUGCAUACCGCAUUGGAGCAUGUGUGCUUCAGAAUUGAUCAGACGUUGAAAAGGUCAGAUGAAUGGAAGAGGCCUGAUUCUCCUCCUGCUCCUGGUAAUGGAAGUUUCCGAAGCCGUCUCCAGACUAGUCUUUGUUCCUGUUUCGGCAAGUUUGGAUUAUCUUUUCUGCACAAAUAUAAAGGGCUCCAUCAGGAAGAAAGCACAGGAUGCGUGGCUCUCAUUGGAGGCAACCAGAUAAUUGUUGGAAAUGUUGGUGAUUCCCAUUGUGUACUCUCAAGGAAUGGUCAGGCAAUUGAGCUAUCCAACGAUCACAAGCCAAACGACCCAGGUAAAAGAGACAGAACAGAAGAGAUAAGUCAGAAGGACGUCCCUAAGUUUGAAUCAGGACGUUUGGUUGGGACUCAACCGGGCAUACAUUGUGCCAAUGGAAUAAUAACCGUAUCUAGAGCGCUUGGUGAUUUUCAGUUCAAGAAGAAGAAUAAACUGAAGUUGAUAUGUAAUCCUGACAUUCACACUGAGAACAUAACUGAUGAUAUUGAUUUUCUUCUCAUAGCAAAUGAUGGUAUUUGGGAAGUCAAGACAAGUCAAGAGGUGGCAGCUUAUGUGAACCAGCGCUUGCAAUCUAGGACAGAACCAUGCGUCAUCUGUGAGAGACUUCUUGAAUGGUGCAUCACGUCAGGACCCCAGGACCUGCAGCGUCCCAUCUUUACUGGCUUUCAAAUAUUAGUCAAGACCCUCAGCGGCAAGACCAUCACCCUCAUGGUAGAUAGAUCUGAAUAUGUUGAGACUGUUAAGUCCAUGAUCCAGAGCAAGGAUGGUAUCCCCCCAGAGCAGCAGCGACUUGUCUUUGCUGGCAAGCAGCUCGAUGAAAGAUGCACUUUAGGGGAAUAUGACAUCCAGAAGGAGUCCACGCUUCAUGUGCUGAUUCGUCUUCGUGGUGGACACAAACCCGGGGAUUCCGGCUCCUCUGGCCAAUCGACUGCGGGAGAAGCGGGUGCUGACUGCAAGAAGGCGGUCCAGAGAUUAUCAGAGCAUCCGUUUGAUUGGGAACUCCUCCAGAAUUGGCUUGCACCACAAGUGCAUGAUAGGGCAGGGCAUCCAUUCGCGCAUGAGGUUGAUGUUUAUUCAGAUGCCCCAUCCGUGCUUGCUGAAAGGUAUUCCUCGGUCAUCGCGGAUGAUGGCACUGAAGCCUGGUAUUUCUACACAUGUCUGCACGCAAAAGGUACAAAUGACACUCGUACAAAUCGCACUGUUAGUGUUGAUGGGGUGCCUUGGUCUUGGCACGGUGAGCGCGCAUCCAAGCCGGUGAUGUCCACACAGGGCGAUCACAAGCUUGGCUACAGGCACUCAUACACGUUUGCUAGAAAAACUGACGGGAAAAUACUGCGUGGUGGAUGGUUAAUGAAUGAACUAGGGUUCAAUGAAGAUGGUCGAAACAAAGUGGUUCUUUGCAAGGUGUACCAAACACCACGCAACAAGGAGCAAAAGCCGAACAGGAAGCGUCGUCGUCUUGAUAGCUGCAAUGGGAUUUUCAGCAAACGGCGGGCUCCACAACAGCCGUCUCUGUCUGGUACUUGUGCUGAUCUGCAGACAUCUCAGAAGAACACUGCACAGCAGAUCAAGCUCGCACAGCAGCCGUCUCUGUCUGUUACUCAUGCUGAACUGCAGGCAUCUCAGAAGAACACUGCGCAGCAGAUCAAGCUCGCACAGCAGCCUUCUCUGUUCGGUACUCAUGCUGAUCAGCAGGGAUCUCAGCAAAAGACUGCUCAGCCUAUCAAGCUCCCAAAGUGCUUCGCUCCUGCACAUCCUUGUGAUGAAGAAUUGGUGACAAACUUUCUGCAGCCUCGUCAUCUCAGUGGUGUCCUAGUGCACGAGAUACCUAAUGUAUAUAUGUUAUCACCAAUUGAAUUGUCUAAGUGUUACACAGCCACCUUCACUAGUGAUGGCACUUUCUGUUGGUACUUUUACUCGCACAGCUAUGCAGAAGUAGACACUUCUUUAGAAUUGAAGUGGUCAUCUGAAUUCCAUCCACUUCAAGUUCUAGCUGACUCCUACAGAGUUCCAAUCGGCCAGAAGCAAACUAUCAACUACUUCAAGUCUAUGGAUGACUGCAGUGGUGACCUUUUAUCUGACGGCUAUACAAUGGUAGAGUAUAGUAUGAAGGACGGCCGAACUUCAGAUGUGGUGCUCUGCAAGUUGAUCCCCCCCCGGAAAAAAUCUGCUGAGACAGGCGCUGCUGGACCUGACCUACAAAACCUUCAACACCAAGAAUGACUUCACCCCAGAGGAGGAGGAGAUCCGGAGGGAGAACCAGUGGGCCUUCGGGUGAAGGUCAACUAAUGCGAAUGACCAGCAAGGAGAGGAAAUGAUGGCACUGCAAGUUCGUGUGAGCAGCGGUUAACCAUUUGCGGUUCGAAAACUAUGAGAAUUUUUCAGUAGGUUCCAGUUCCGGUCGACUGAUCGGGUGGUCUUACCGUUUUCAGCCAAUGGACCCCGUUUUUGGUGGUGAUAUUUCCGUGUACUCUUGAACCUGGUGAU